UAUAUCCUCAUCUAGAAAGUGCCAACAUGGCUACAAAUGAAGGAACUCUCGUGAGCCUUGAGCAAGAAAAGCAGUUCCAGUUUAAUUACAGGAAAAGGAUAAAUGGUUUGAAAUUGAUCAGGAGGGGUUCUAAACACCAGGCCAUUGUUAGGAAAGACGUCAUAAAGAAAAUCCAACCGUUCGAUCCAAAUCUCUACGAAAGGCUCAUGAAAAGGGAGAUAAGCGAAUGGGACAUAAAAUACGAUUUUUGGUACUCUCCGGAGGACAGAGGCAAUAUUUUGCCAUAUUUAGGUUUAAGCGUUUUUACCGAUUUUAAGAGGAUGCCGGAAAUUCUAAAAGAGAAUCCUGAAGAAUUGUGGCAGCUUAACGAGCACAGUCCUUUUCCAGACGAAGUAGAAAUAGUUGUGCCUGAGGGCCGUUCUUUCAAAAGAUACAUUAGGCCGAAGGGAGACCUCGAUACCCCUUUCACAAAGGACAAUAUUAUUGAGAUGCUGAGCAGCCUUCCCUGGAAGAAAUACACUCAGUAAUUAAGGGCUAUCCCCAAACCAAAAAAAGCCGCACAGGAGAAGUAGAGUUACAGCAUCGAUUUUGUGUAGUUAGAUAAAACUACAGAUAGACAUAAGCAAUUUUCUUAUUACUGUAGAAAGAAGUAUGUGUACAACAAUAAAA